GCACCCGCUUCCGGGCCCAGGCGCCAUUUCUAGCGGUUGCAGGUUCUCACGAGUUGUAGUCCGCUGGGACAAUGAGCUAUGAUUACCAUCAGAACUGGGGCCGGGAUGGCGGGCCCCGCAGCUCCGGCGGGGGUUACGGAGGAAGCUAUGGGGGGGGCCAUGGAGGAGGCCAUGGAGGGAACCGAGGCUCCGGAGGCGGCGGCGGCGGCGGCGGUGGCGGUGGCGGAGGAGGUGGUCGAGGCGGCCGCGGCCGACAUCCCGGGCACCUGAAAGGCCGCGAAAUCGGCUUGUGGUAUGCGAAGAAACAGGGACAGAAGAACAAGGAAGCGGAGAGGCAGGAGAGAGCUAUAGUACACAUGGAUGAACGGCGAGAAGAACAGAUUGUGCAGCUGCUUCAUUCAGUCCAAGCGAAGAAUGGUAAAGACUCAGAAGCACAGAUCUCCUGGUUUGCUCCUGAAGAUCACGGAUAUGGUACUGAAACUCCUGAGAACAAACCCAACUCAGAGAAGAAACUUGAGAACCAGGAAAAGAAAUUAAUAAGUCAAGAAAAGAGAACAUUUAGAAUCAGGGACAAAUAUAUUGACCGAGAUUCUGAAUAUCUCUUGCAAGAAAAUGAACCAGAUGUAACCUUAGACCAGCAACUAUUGGAAGAUUUACAAAAGAAAAAAAGCGACCUUCGGUAUAUUGAAAUGCAGCAUUUCAGGGAAAAGCUGCCUUCAUAUGGAAUGCAAAAGGAAUUGGUAAAUAUGAUUGAUAACCAUCAAGUAACAGUAAUAAGUGGUGAAACUGGAUGUGGAAAAACUACUCAAGUUACUCAGUUCAUUUUGGAUAACUACAUUGAAAGAGGAAAAGGAUCUGCAUGCAGGAUAGUUUGUACUCAGCCAAGAAGAAUUAGUGCCAUUUCAGUUGCAGAGAGGGUGGCUGCAGAAAGGGCAGAAUCUUGUGGCAAUGGUAACAGUACUGGAUACCAGAUUCGUCUCCAGAGUCGGUUGCCAAGGAAGCAGGGUUCUAUCUUAUACUGUACGACAGGAAUCAUCCUGCAGUGGCUCCAGUCAGACUCGCAUUUGUCCAGUGUUAGUCAUAUUGUGCUUGAUGAAAUCCAUGAGAGAAAUCUACAGUCAGAUGUUUUAAUGACGGUUAUUAAAGAUCUUCUCAAUUUUCGACCUGACCUGAAAGUAAUAUUGAUGAGUGCGACUUUAAAUGCUGAGAAAUUUUCAGAAUAUUUUGGUAACUGUCCAAUGAUACACAUACCUGGUUUUACUUUUCCGGUUGUGGAGUAUCUUUUGGAAGAUAUAAUUGAAAAAAUAAGAUAUGUUCCAGAACAAAAAGAACACAGGUCCCAGUUUAAGAGGGGUUUCAUGCAAGGGCAUGUAAAUAGACAAGAAAAAGAAGAAAAAGAAGCAAUCUAUAAAGAACGCUGGCCAGAUUAUGUAAGGGAACUGCGCAAAAGGUAUUCUGCAAGUACUGUAGAUGUUCUGGAAAUGGUGGAUGAUGAUAAAGUUGAUCUGAAUUUGAUUGCUGCCCUUAUCCGACACAUUGUUUUGGAAGAAGAGGAUGGUGCGAUAUUGGUCUUUCUACCAGGCUGGGACAAUAUCAGCACUUUACAUGAUCUCUUGAUGUCACAAGUGAUGUUUAAAUCAGACAGGUUUCUUAUUAUACCCCUACAUUCACUGAUGCCUACAGUUAACCAGACACAGGUAUUUAAAAGAACCCCUCCUGGUGUUCGGAAAAUAGUAAUUGCAACGAAUAUUGCAGAGACUAGCAUUACCAUAGAUGAUGUAGUUUAUGUGAUAGAUGGAGGAAAAAUAAAAGAAACACACUUUGACACACAGAAUAACAUCAGUACAAUGUCUGCCGAGUGGGUUAGUAAAGCUAAUGCCAAACAAAGGAAAGGUCGAGCUGGAAGAGUUCAACCAGGUCAUUGCUAUCAUCUGUAUAAUGGUCUUAGAGCAAGCCUUCUGGAUGACUAUCAACUGCCAGAAAUUUUAAGAACUCCUUUGGAAGAACUUUGUUUACAGAUAAAGAUUUUAAGGCUAGGUGGAAUUGCUUAUUUUCUGAGUAGGUUAAUGGAUCCACCAUCAGAUGAAGCAGUGUCACUCUCCAUAAAACACCUGAUGGAACUGAAUGCUUUGGAUAAACAAGAAGAAUUGACACCCCUUGGAGUCCAUUUAGCACGAUUACCAGUUGAGCCACACAUUGGGAAAAUGAUUCUUUUCGGAGCUCUGUUCUGUUGUUUAGAUCCAGUACUCACCAUUGCUGCUAGUCUCAGCUUCAAAGAUCCCUUUGUCAUUCCACUGGGCAAAGAAAAGAUUGCAGAUGCAAGAAGAAAAGAAUUGGCAAAAGACACUAAAAGUGAUCACCUGACAGUUGUAAAUGCAUUUGAGGGCUGGGAAGAAGCUAGGCGACGUGGUUUCAGAUAUGAAAAAGACUAUUGCUGGGAAUAUUUUUUGUCUUCAAACACAUUGCAGAUGCUGCAUAACAUGAAAGGACAGUUUGCUGAGCAUCUUCUUGGAGCUGGAUUUGUAAGCAGUAGAAAUCCUAAAGAUCCAAAAUCUAAUAUAAAUUCAGAUAAUGAGAAGAUAAUUAAAGCCGUUAUCUGUGCUGGUUUAUAUCCCAAAGUUGCUAAAAUCCGACUAAAUUUGGGUAAAAAAAGAAAAAUGGUCAAAGUUUACACAAAAACUGAUGGACUAGUUGCUAUUCAUCCUAAAUCUGUUAAUGUGGAGCAAACAGAAUUUCAUUACAACUGGCUUAUCUAUCAUCUGAAGAUGAGAACAAGUAGUAUAUACCUAUAUGACUGCACAGAAGUUUCUCCAUACUGUCUCUUAUUCUUUGGAGGUGAUAUUUCCAUCCAGAAGGAUAACGAUCAGGAGACUAUUGCUGUAGAUGAAUGGAUUGUCUUUCAGUCUCCAGCAAGAAUUGCCUAUCUUGUUAAGGAAUUAAGAAAGGAGCUAGAUAUCCUUCUGCAAGAGAAGAUCGAAAGUCCCCAUCCUGUAGAUUGGAAAGACACUAAAUCCAGAGACUGUGCUGUACUGUCAGCUAUUAUAGACUUGAUCAAAACACAGGAAAAAGCAAGUCCCAGGAACUUUCCACCACGAUUCCAGGAUGGAUAUUACAGCUGACAACUUUUCUGUGAUGGUCUGAAAAUUUGACAGCCAUUUUCCAUCAUAGUUUAAUUUUGGGCUAGAUGCCAAACCAUGGGACAUGAAUAAUUACCGUAUGUAAGGUAGAAACCUUUAGUAGGUAGUAAAGAUGUAGUGUGCAUGAUUUAACAAUGUUAUCUAUAGCUAUUAUAAAUAUACCAUAAAAAACAAUAUGUUCUCUGAUCAUAUUUUCUGUUGUGGUCAUGUCCACACUUUGGGAGGACUGCUCUUAUAUAUAUUGAGUGUUGUACCACUUGAGAAAUUCCUUUGUUCUGUUAUGAGAAGUUAAUCUUUCUGCCCAUAGUGACUGAGUAUGGAAACCAGUAAAGGGGGAAUGGUUAGGCAAAAAGCAGUGUCAAGUUAAGAAUUUGAACACAACCACAUUUUUAAAUGAAACUUCCCUCAGAAGUAAAUUAAUUUGUAAUAAAGCCCAGUGUUUAAUAAAAUGUACAGUGUAUAAAUCUCAGCUAACUUUUUGGCUUGGUUUCUACAUCUCU